AUGCCCGCAAAAGCUACAGUGAAACACAAAAUUGCAUUGGUUGGAGAUAGUGGGGUUGGAAAGUCCAAGAUUUUGUCAUCCUAUCUAGGAGAACGCUUCAAUCCCCUCUAUGUACAAACUCGAGGUGAGAUGAUUGAGUUUUCGUCGCAAUAGUGUUCUUGUCUGCCCAGAUUACAAUAUUCAUGAAAACGCCAGUUUUGUCAGUGAUGGUUGUAAAAAUGCUGAAAAUUCCUUUUUACUCCCGCAGAAAGAGAAACAAAGAAUACUGUUGUAAACUUUGGGAGAAGAGUUGUAGAACUUCAAAUAUGGUAAGAGUUAAAUUCUAUUUUCAUGAAUUUACGGAAGUCGGACUUUUUCAACGUUGCAUGUUCACCUUUCUCUCUCCAAAAUUGCGGUUCAAAAUCAGAACCACUUUUCACCUAGCGUCAUGUUUAAGUUAUACUAGCGCCACAAUGAGCAUCUAUGAUCGUUACAAAUUUUUUGAGGCAGCCAGAUGUCGCAUCUGUUGGAAAAAAGGAACUUAAUUUCAAAAGCGUAAAACUGUACAAAUUUUACGUAUUUUUUCAACGUUUACGUCUACAAUUUCAAAUUGUCUUGUAAGUUUGAGUGUUUAGAUGACGUAUCGUGGUAAUAUUACUUUCUAAGAUUUUACAUUGGACCUUCAUCACGGGAGUUACUACAUCACGGGCGACGAGCGGGUGAAGGAGAAAAUGGCGAAAUACAAGUGGUCAGCGGGGAAACAAAUUUAAUAACUCUUGUCGUCUUGUAAAGCCAAAAUGUUAACAGUAUUCUUCGCUAAAUAAAAUGUUAGGCAAUUUUUCAAAAGUGUUGAUGGCACAUAUAUCUUUUACUGCUGUAUUAAAUAAUGGAGGCAUCGGAAAAAACAUUGGUGGCAUUCGGAAAAGCACCAAGAGGAAUUUAUAUUUACGUAACUUGCAAAAAAACAAUCGUGUUGUAAAGCCAAAAUGUUACCAGGUUAUACUUCGCUACUUAAAAAUUAAGCAAUUUUCUAAACGCUUUGACUGGAACAAUAUUUUUACUGCUAUAUUAACCAACGGAGGCAUUGGGAAAGGCAUCAGUGACACCGGGAAAGGCAUCAAGAAGAAUAAUAUUUACAAUAUGUAACUUGUUGUAUGACGAAAAUGUUUUCCGUUCAAAGUGUUUUUUUCCUAUUUAAUUUAACAAAUGAGCUUGGGAUGAAAACUUAACUUUCCAAUUGAACAACAAGUGAAAUGUUGUGCUGGGUGUCUCUGUCUCCCACCCCCAUGUCUCUGCAAAAGGUAUAUCCAGACACAGCCGUUCAACCGUUCGAAAUUUUCCUUUAGCCGUUCAGCCGUUCGACUUCAACCGUUCGAAAUUUUCCUUUAGCCGUUCAGCCGUUCGGCCCAAGCUCCAGCUGUGAGAUAAUCAUCUUGAAUUUUGCAUAACAGUCAUGGCAGAAUUAUAAGAGUUUGUAUGGGAAUAUUUACGACUGCCCUAAGGAAUUAAAUAAUACGUCAAAUUCUCAAAAAAAAUAACUCACCUUAAUUCUAUAGCGCAAUGCUUGUUAUCUGACCGCUUACUCUGAUGAAAAGGACGCAUUUUAGCAAGUUGUCCAUUUCAAGGUUUUCUACGUUCAUAAGAAAAGCCCAAGGCUGAACACUCCAUUUCUAAGCCGCAGUUUGCUUAAAAAUAACGCCUGAUCUGAGAACUGAGCCUCACGGGGCGUCAAUAAAAGAACCAUGGAUCCCCUCAGAAUGACCGGGCAAACCGGUCAAACAAUACAGGCAUAGUUACAAACUCUUGAUUGAUUUCUUUUGAGGGGACCUGUGGUUCUAAAACAAUUUAUUUCUGAAAUAACUGACGGUAUGGUCCCCGAAACGCGAAAUAACAGUUGUCCUGUUGGCAAAAUUAAGGGUAUGUCAGAUAGAACUAAAUUGAAUAAAACCCAAGAUUUCAGAAUGACUGGGGCGAUUGGGUCAAACAAUAGCCUCUUGAUUGAUUUCUUUUGAGGGGACCUGUGGUUCUAAAACAAUUUAUUUACGAUAACUGACGGUAUGGUCCCCGACGAGGCUCAGUUUGAAAAGGAGGUAGGGUUACCGAGCUGGUUUUCAACGGGUGUGUGGCUAUUACACCAAAUUUUUUAAAAAAUCUUUAAAACUAAAUUGGUGAGCAGCACUUUGCAAUCAGUAGUUGUAAAAUUUCUUUAUUCUCCGACGCAUUUUGUCUAACUGUUGUAGACUUCUUCAGUGAGUUUUACAAUUUAACACUAACCAGCUGUAUUUAUAAGCCAUAAUUAGCGGCUAUACAGGGGCCAAUGACCAUAAAGGCUCGGCUGGACCUACAAAUAGGAACAGGUGAAGUUGUGAAAAAUUUGAAAAUUUUUAGGGGCAAGGUGGGAGAAUUCAUUUGGGGACCACAGUUUUGGUUUUUUUCUUUUUUCAUCAUGCACAUCAUGCAGUGUCUAAAACAUAGCAGUUUGCAUGGACUAAGUAGGGUAAAGAGCGCCAACAAAACAAAUUGCAAGAGUAAAAAAUUUAGCAGACCAGCAAGUAGAAGAGAAUCAAUUCUUUGUCAAUUCAAUCUGGUUCGAUAGUCAUAAAAAAUUGCUGGCUGAUUCUUUAAUUGAAAGGGAAAGUCAAUCACUAAUAACGCAUGCAUCUAACAGCUCACUGGUCACAAUACAACUCCUACUUACCUCGAAAUCUGGCCCGUCAUCUUGCCUUGUUACUGCAAUCCAUUCAAUCUCAAUAAAUGGUGCAAAAGAAAGUUGAAGAAAGACAAAUUCUCAUCACUUUUAUUUCCUUUGUCGUUACUACAGAAAUUAACACAGCAAUGAUCAUGGGCCAUGCUUGCUUGUAAUCUUCACUCAAAACACUGUAAUGUAACACAAAACCUAUACCUUUUGCCAGUCCAACCUCGAUUUGGUGCACUACACAAUCCAAGAUGGCGCUGUGAUAAAGGUAUAACUUGAAGAUGGGCUAUUUGAAAAAUAAAUGAACACACAACAGAGGGAGGUCUACAAUCAACUGAGAGUGCUUAUCGGAAUAUUCAAAUAAAGAAAAACUAUUAAAAAUCUCUUUUAUUUUUGAAAUGUGGCACAAUUAUAAUUACUCUUACAUUUAUUAUGAAUUUCACCGGUGGAGAGCUUGUUUCUCCUUGGUCUUUUGGGGAUGAUAUUGUCUGAUUUAUUUUAUCAUUUGUCUUGGUGUUUUGAUGAUGAUACUGUCUGAUUUAUUUUAUCAUUUGUGCACUGAACUGUGGUAAAUACAGACGCAUGGUUCAAUGUUUUGUACACUCAUUGACAGCAAUAUUCGUCUACACAGUGGUCAAAAUGCUGUGGACUCACAAAUCAUAGCCAAGUGAGUUCGCAAAAAAUUUCCAAUCACUGUGACAGAGUGCAACAUUACUGCUAAUUGUGGUAUAAAAAAAAAAGGUUUUGAUGUUGUUCUUUGCUUUGCUCAUUAGGGACACACCUGGUAACGAUCUCUUCAGGACAAUGACAGCUGCAUAUGUACAAGAAGAUGUUCAGGUAAAGGAGAUUAAAAAAAAAAACCAGUUGACAUCAAUAAUGUACUGUUGAGGACUGGUGUUUAAACAGAUACCUCUGGAACAAAAAAGGUGUCUAUGGCCUAGGCUGUAGAUGGCAUUUACCAUUUUAGUCAAUUUUUGCAAGAGCAGAAAAGUACCUUGUUUUUGGCUGGUUUGAACCCAAGGGUGACAUACACAGUUGCUUGCAAAAUGUGAUCAUCCAGUGCCAAUGUCUGACUGAAAUUUAACCACUUGAACACAAUCUGAUUUAUCAAAAGCUACUAGGUAACAACCACUUUCAUCUACCAACUUUGAUGAUCUCACAUGUCACUGAGAGGUUAUCAAAAAGUUGUUUAUUGUCACCAACUGCUUUAUUUGUGAACUGCCCUGAAGUGGAUGAUGGUAGCAUGAGAUCAGUGUUCAGUGUAGUAAAAGAAAAUGAUCAUUUACUUUAAUUUUCUUGAAUUCAGAACAAAUAAACAUAUUUCUUUUGAGGUAAUGAAGAUAAAAAAGCUCGUCUUUGAGUUUUGUUGGUUUGUUUGUAUGCUGCUGUUAUUGUUUGCAACAUUUUCUAGAAGCUUAAAUAUUCAAUUGAGUAAUUGGUUUGUUUGUCCAUUUACAGGGUGUGGUUGUAGUGUUUGAUGUUACAAAUUAUGAUAGCUUCUUGAAUGUUCACCACUGGGUCAAAACAGUAGAACAGGUAAGGAUCAGCUGACAUACUGGGAGAAUUUAAAUGUGGCAAGGGGCUUAACAAUCUCCAAGCUAAGCUUAUACUCCCUACUAAGUGUCAAAUGAUGUCCUCUGUACAGUUUGUAAGCAAGCUCCUUGCAAUAUUAGCAAUUUACAGUGUGUUUGUAAUCAAUUUGUGAGGAUGUAGUGGUAAGUAGAUAUUGAAAAUAAGUCUUAAAACAUAUCAUUUUGGUGAGCAUGUUCUUAAAAAAUUGAUUUGUGAGAAAUCGCAACACUGCAUGUAUGUUGCUUUGUUAGUUUUGCUCAUCGUGCUUUCCCAACAAAAAUGUGGCAGGGUUCCACCCCCUGAUGGUGGGUAUUUUACAACUCAUCCCUGAUUGGUGGCCAGUUUGAGUGAGACUGGGAGGAAAUGAAAAGCACCAUGAUCAUAACUACUUCAGAUCAAAUUCAUCUUUAUUGGAUUUUUUCAGUUCAAAUAAGUGUCAAGGUUAAAACUGAAUGUUUAUUGAAAAUCUCAUUAUUAUUGUUGUGGUUUUUGUUAUUAUGAUCAUUAUAUACAAUAUAUGUUCAAUACUGUUCAUUACUGUAACACUGUUCAUUAUUGUAGUAUGCAAGACAAGAUAAUGUUAAUUUUGUGUUUGUUGGAAAUAAAACUGACAUGGAGGAAAAAAGGAAAGUUUCAAAAGAACAUGGAGAGGAGGUAGGAAAAACUUGAGUGCAGCAUUCUCCCUUAUUUUAAGCAUGACAGAUAAAAUAAAUUUUCAAACCGGUAAAACAAUCCUUUUACCUAUUGAAUUUUCAAGAAUUCCAAGCAAUUUUAAACAGUAAUAAGAGGUACUACAGGCAGUAAAUGUUACUGGUUACUGCCUGAAAAGGAGAACACUGUGAGUAUGAUGCAAAUUAAUGCUGAUCAUGCCAGAUUAACAACUUUUGGAUUAGAUAAUUUGGGAUUCAGAAAUGGGACAAUUCCAAAGUCCAAAAGAGUAAAAACACUAGUUUGAUCCAAACAUGAAAUUGUCAACAAUUUGUUUAUUAUUUUAUGGUUAAAGGGGAAAGGCUCCGACCAAAGGUCCCUUUUAAUGUAUGCAUGGAUAUAUUUUUAGACAACACAUGCAACUUGAAUUGUGUCAGUAGAAGUUUCAUAGGAAGAAAGAGCUCGCUUCUCUAUAAUAGGAUAAUUUGGUUUUAUCACCUGAGUUGAUGAAGUAACAUAACUAAUUGACAAAUGUUAACAGUUUGAAAACUGACGUUUCAAGCUACUGACAAAAGGCUAUUGCCCAAAACGUUAACCUUUAAACUCUUUACGGUGGCCAAUUUAUGUUUUAAGCUCAGUUGAUAAAAUCAAAUUAUCUUGUCAUACUCCCCAACUGACGUGGUACCAUAGUUUUUUUUUUGAAACGUACUCCCUUUUUCAUACAGUAAAUUUCUUUGUUUUUUUUUUUCAGUUGGCAAAACAAAAGAAUGGAGCCUACAUUGAUGCAAGUGCAAAAAUGAAUAUCAACAUAGAUCUGGUAAGCAUUAUACUUUGCAUUCCUUAAUUAUUUAUUAACCCUUUAACUCCCAGCAGUGAUUAACACGUAACUUUUCCCUAUUGCAUCCAUACAUUAUCCAGCAAACAGGUAAUGAGAGUACUCAAACUUAUCAGGUACAAGAUAUUAUCUUGAUUGAACGUCAAAUUCUCAUCACUGGUUUACAAGGAGAUGUGUAGCAGCUAGAGUAGGGAAUUAACAAUCAGAUCUUGGGGGUAAAAGGGUUAAGUUCCCAAGUGAUGAUGGGAAGGUACACUUGUUCCGACAGGUGAAACAUCGCAAGAAUUUCUUCUUAUGACUAUUAACCGACAAUUCAAGGUGAUAAUGACAAUCAGGCCCAAAUCUGCUAGUUUAUAUCUCAUUGUCCUUGGAGGGUGUCGCUCUUGCGGUGACGAAAAAAAAUCUAAUUCAUAAGAUUCCAAGGGGUGUCGCUCAAAGACGCGGUUAACGAGGUGUUUGGGGGCUAUUUUACAGAUUGAGAUUGAAGAAUAACAGACCAAGGUUGACCGUUUAUAUGAAUCUUUAAUCUUGCAAGUAAUUGACCACGAACCACAAUCAACGAUCAAAAUCACGAUCAAUCUCGCAAUCAAUCAAUCAAUCAAUCAGUCGUAGACGGAAACAAUAGGACAUCAGAGCUCUAUCAAUCUAAUGAAAUGUUACGAAAUACACAAUCAAAAAUCGCGUGUAAAAACUGGGCCUUAACGCUGAUAACGACAUUAAAAUGAUAAUGGACAAUACAAGUAAACCAAUACAAACUCCGAUAAGUACAAUAGUUUCGGUACAAAAAUUACAAGACAUUUGGUGGCAGGUUAACAGCCCAUCGUUCUUAUCGAAAUGGUGGGCGUUCACUUGCAUCGCAUUCACUUGCAUCUGAUACAAAUUUGGCCUUUAAAUCUCGAAUCAAUUGAUAAUACGGCAAUACAACAAAAUAUCUGUUUGUAUACUUUCGCCCAAUGCUGGAAAACUAAACUUAGAAAAACAAAGUGAUAAAGGUACACCUGUAUUGGUCCUGCUUGUGCCAAAGGUUCAAGAAACGAAAAGACGAAAGUUCACAAAUACUACUCAAAAACUUAUGAAGAACUGAUUACAGAGACACUAAACUCGCUUUUAUAUUCGCGUGGUGACGCUGAAAGGUCCGAUUACAAAACCAGUAGAAAUAUAGACAAACAGAUAAACAUUGUAACUCUCUUCGUAUCUAGGACCAUUCUGAAAUUAUUAAACUAAUCAAUAAUCAAUUAAAUAAAAAUGAGUCAUCUGGCUAGGUGUCCUUAACAAAGGGGACAAACCUUUUGAAAAAAGAAGACAAAAGAGGAGGUAGAUGAUACCCAUUCAUCUUGUAAAUUUAUAUUCACCAGAAAAUUAGUUUCAGUUGUCAGAUUUUUUGGAUAAUCACAAACUCCUAAUUAUAUAAUUAACUUCUCUUUGAUAUAUGGCAUUAAUCGUGGAUUUCUGUUUAAAAUACAAGUUUAUUUUAUUGAAAGUUCUUGUAAACUUUGACUUCCAUGACUGUUACUCACUUUUUACCUGUCCAGAUAUUCCAAAGCAUGACAAAGAUUAUUUUAGGUAUAGACGAAGGAUCAAAUACGGUAAGAAUACAUUAUGUACCCUUCAAAGUUUAUAAUAUGCUGCAUGCAUAAAGUUUUACAGUUUUCAUAAUUUGCAUGUUUUUAGACUUGCUAGUAAGCAAAGCCAUGAACAUGGCAUGUAAAAAAAUUUGCACUCCAGAGCCCAAACUAAGUGCAAAGCACAAUUUUAAGAUUGAGGAUUUCCAACUGAAAGUAAAGGCUUUCUUAAAUUCUUCUAUAGAUGUAAGCUGAAUUCUUCUAUAGAUGUAAGCUGUGAAUUUGAAGAGUAGUCUUCAUUUUUUAUUUAUUUUUUUUUUUGGCCUUUGAAUUCAGUAUUACACAGUGAGACCACUUUCUUCCAUCACGACUGCACUGAGAUAAACCUGUUUGAUUGGACUUCUUCCUUGUGCCCCUCUAAAAUUCAGGCAUAGUUGAGGAUAUUUAGUGUUUUCCAACCUAGGGAGCUCAUAGACACUGUACCAACAGGGUUGUAGAUAAGAGCCGGCAGCCGGCGAAGGACGCCGGCUUCUCCGCAAGGUUUCGCCGGCUACUUUCAUUGCUUCGAGAACCGUACAGAGAUGAUGUUUAUCAGGUCUAAACUUGGGCUCAAUAAAAAUAUAAAUUUGCACUGCCUAUCUUUUCUGAAAACAUAAAAAGACUUCUGACUCAAGUUUAGUUUAAAAACGUUCUGAUGGGGACUGUCUUUUUGACAAAUCUUGCUACGGUGGCAGGAAAGUACGAACGAUAUGACGUUUUGUCCGCCAUAUUGGAUUUCGAGACCCACAACCGUUUACCUUUAAAAAGCUCCGGCUACCUAAAACCCUAAAGAAAACCCCGACCAAGUGUGUCUCCAGGUACAAGCAUUAUAAUCUUAAUGACUGAAAUGACACCUGAAUAGUGUCCAGAAUCCAGAGUUUUAGCUGAUUUAGCAGCCUUCAAUAGUCCUCCACUGAAGUUAAUCGUUAUAUUGUACUCAAACCUUGCAAGUAUCAUGCCUCAGGAAAUUCUCUUGAACCUGGUGUAUUUUCUUGAUAUAAGAGAAUAAGCAAUUUUGAAUGAUGUAAAUGAAGAUGGUAAAUUUUAAGCCUGGUUGGUUUGGUGAAAGAUGAUGUUAUUCAGUGAGUGACUUAUGUAUAUUCGGAAAAAAAACUUAGAGUGCUUCCACUAGGUCUUGACCCAACGACUUUCCAAUUGGUACUUCAGAUGCACUUCCACUGAGGUAGAGGUCCAUGGUUACGUGUCUACAAACAAUUAAAUUAUUGGGACAAAUAUGCUUUUAUUUAUUUAUUUGUUUAUUUGUGUUUAUUUUUCUCUUUAUACGUAUUUAUGUAUUAAUUUAAUAUUUAUUUGAUUGUUAUUCUUUUUUAAUAUUAUGAUGUUUUUAAUUAUUUUUAGCUUCACUUUUGUCUCUUUUCAGUAUAAUGACCGAAAAUCUGGAGCAGAAGAUUCUGGAAACUACAAUGGAAGAGUAGAACAGAAGGGAUUCUGUAAUUUUUUGUGAUAAUAGUAUCUGCUUGUAAUGAGUGUAUUACGACAAAAAUUUUUUCAAGCGCAAAGCAAAUUCAAACACUAAAAAAAGAAAGUAGUUGAAAGGUAUUGAUCUAACUUCAAGCUUUGAAUCGAAUGAGCUCUAUUUAAUUUUCAUAUCGUUAAUUCUCGCUGAGAUCAUCGUCCAGCCUGAUUUUCAAACAGUAGCGGGUCGCUCGCUCCGAACUCCCUCCUCUCUAAAGUAGUCUUUGAAAAGCUGAUCGAGACUCAAAUUGACUAUCGUUGAUCGUGAGAGCAAAUUAGGAGCCGCUUGGGAUCUGAUAAAGGUGGACAAGAGAGGGCUGAUCUCGCGCUUGCUUCACAGGCUUCGUCGCUUAACAAUCGAAAAACUGCGAUGGGUAAAUUUCAUGAACCCUAAACUAUUGUUUUGUUUUUGGAUAGAGUAGGCUGGACGAUUCUCAGUGAGGGGUGGGGUGGGGUGACUUAUUUUAUGAAACAAUCAAACCAGGUGCACGAGUGUUCUUUUGGAAACCACUCUGUUUGAAAAAUGACUUUAUGAAUUCACUGUAAGUUGAGACCAUGGAUUGAACUUUGGGUUGAAAAUAUAAACAGUUUAUGAUCUCUUGAUUUUGGUUAUGAACAAUAGGUCACAAAAUUGCUGCCCAUCAUUCAUUUUUAACAUUUUCACGCUCAAGCUUUAACGAGGUCAGCGGACAGUUAUCUGUGGUAGAAAUAAAAAAAAGUUUUACCUUUUUAUCGUGACUCAACGAAUUAACAAAUGUAGUAUACAUUGUAUACUUGUGUGAUGAUUUUAGGUUUUUUGAUAACGUUUACAGCACGUAAAGUUAUACCGCAACCUCAAAGAUAAUAUUUUCGGUGGGAAAGAGGAAGGAAAUUUUAUAGGAAUCUUUUUUCAAGGCCCACGUCAAAGUGUUCAAGCAAUGUUGCAUUAUUAGUGAUUUCCAAAGCAAAGUUAGGGAAAAUUUUGACAUUCACAUCAAAAAAUGCAUAGUUAAUUUCAUGACUGCAUAAUAUAUUUAUCCUGUGAAAGCGAGACCUAAGAAAAGAAUGAAUUUAGGUGAAGCAGAAGGAAGGGCUACCUGUUAGGUGGAAGGAGAGGCGGUGAAGGGGGGGGGGCAAGUGUUAAAGUAAUUUGGUGCAAAACAAUUAUUUUGCGGAGUAAUAUAAGACAGCUGUUAUUGAUGACCUGAAAAAAACUAAAAGAAAGAAGGAAAGAAAAGAGGCUGUGCCAGUUUUAGAGGAAGUGCUACAUGUUAAUGCGUGGGUGAUAAACAAUUUAAGUAUGUAAGAAAAAAUUGUAGUGUGGUAACUGGAAGACUUGAUGAAACUGAGUGUCAAUAAACAAUCAGAC